AUGUACCCAUCACAAACCGUCAAAGAAUUCUUUGCUAGAGAUACAAAAAUUCCGAUUAAAUUCAAUCAAAAUGUUCAAGGACUUGGAAGUUUAAUCGGAACAGAUAAAACUAAAGAAAUUUUGAAAGAUCAAAUUGUUGAAUUUCCUUUCUACAUCGCAAAAGAACUUGUCGAAAGAGAAAUUUCAACGUUGCAACUACCAAAGAUGUUUGCAAAUGAUGUAAUGAAUGCAUUAAAAGUUACUCCCAUUAAUAUGAAUUUAAGAAACUAUUGUCCUCAAUUUUACACUUUUGCUUCUGAUUACAUUUUACUGUGGCAAGUAGUUAUAAAUCGGGAAUAUCAACUUUAUGGUGAUGAAAGACAAUAUCAAUUGGAUUUAACCAAAAUAAACGAAUUCUCGGAUAUUCUCAAAAGGAGUAAAAUCGAUCGAGCUGUGGAAAUAUUGAAUAGAGCAAAACGUUUUUUUGAGGACCAUAACGAUUUCUUGGAAAAAUUGGAUGACGAGGAAAGAAAAAUGUUUGAGGAGCAGAGGCAAGUAUGUGAAGAAACUUAUGUUGAUUACACAAAGAUUUGUACAUUAUAA